UGGACAGACAUUUGAUAUUUAUAGGAGUACAGAGCUUUUCUAAACUGUAUUGCAAGAAGAAAUGUGUUAGCACAUGAUUGCUGGCCCAAAGACAGCGCUAGGAUACUAAACAUUACUAAAUAAGUAUCUACAAUGGACAAAUAUGAAAUAAUUCAGCAAAUUGGAGCAGGAGCUUUUGGAAAAGCGCUUCUUGCAAGAGUAAAAACGGAUAAUAUGAGAUGUGUAAUCAAAGAGAUCAACUUAGCUAAGAUGCCCCUUAAAGAAAAAGAAGCCUCUCACAAGGAAGUGCUCUUGCUGGCCAAGAUGAACCACCCAAACAUUGUGAAAUUUUUUGGAUCAAUAGAAGAGAACAACAAGCUUUAUAUUGUGAUGGAAUAUUGUGACUAUGGCGAUCUGAUGAAGAGAAUAAACAGGCAGAGAGGGACACUGUUUGAGGAGGAUCAGAUCCUGAGUUGGUUUGUGCAGAUUUCCUUGGGAUUGAAACAUAUUCAUGACCGGAAAGUUCUACACAGAGACAUAAAGGCACAGAAUAUAUUUCUUGCCAAUAAUGGAACAAUAGCCAAGCUUGGGGACUUUGGGAUAGCAAGAAUUCUCAACAGCACAAUGGAACUAGCCCGCACUUGUGUUGGAACUCCAUAUUAUCUUUCUCCAGAAAUCUGUGAGAAUAAACCUUAUAAUAAUAAAACAGACCUCUGGUCCUUGGGCUGUGUACUAUAUGAAUUGUGUGCAUUGAAGCACCCGUUUGAAGCAGAUGGUCUACGCCAGCUGGUGCUGAAGAUCUGCAGAGGUCGUUAUGAGCCACUAUCUCCAAAAUAUUCUUAUAACCUUAGAUCAUUAAUAUCCCAGCUCUUUAAAAUAUCUCCACGGGACCGACCAUCUAUCAAUACCAUAUUAAAGAAGCCUUUUCUUGAGAAGCUUAUUAAUCGGCACCUGAGCCCAGAUUUAAUGAGGGAGGAGUUCAGUCACACUGUCAUCCACAGGAAGAAGUCACCAUCUCCUCCAAAAUGGAAACCAUCACAAGUUCCAGUUUAUGAAAGACACAAAGUGCAGGAAGUGGCUCCUCCUCCCAGACCUAAGAAUUUACCUCCCCGGGGAAGAGGGGACCAACAGAGGAGGAAUGAGUGGAAACCUCCAUCGCGUGUCCAGCACAACAUGAUUAAGCAGAUGGACCAACAAUUGAAUAUCGGUAACAAACCGGCUGCUCCCCACAUGUACGGACAUUAUGGGCAUUACCAUGCGCAACUGAACAACAUACAGAAUAGAGCCUAUGAGCAUAAGAACUAUCCUGUUGUUCCCCAGGUUAACGAAAGAGUGAAUGAAUAUUACAGACACAAACAAGGUCCAAAUCAGUGGUCUGCUGAUUAUGCACAGAGACGGUUGGAAGCCCAGCAGUACAAGAUAAAUGCAGAGAAGCAAAUGGGUCUGCGCCCAGCCUCUGCUUAUUACUUGUAUAGACAGUUACCAGACCCAAAGCUGGACAACCAACAUGAGCUUGACGGACUUCAACUAAACGCUGUUGAUAAGGAGCAGGAGUACUUAAAAGAGCUGGAGAUCAUUCGCCAGCAGUACCACAACAAAGUUAAAGAAAACAAAGCAAAAAUAGUUGGAAGCCAAGAGGUCCCUAAGGGUAAAGAAGGUACAUACCUUGUGAGGCCAGGAAAGGGUGCAGAAGAAUUAUCUCCCAAAGACCAACCUGACCAUGAAGAAUUUGAGAAAGCCCCAGUUUCUUUGGACCCAGAGGACUUUGUGAGGCCAGAGAAACACGUAGAAGGAAAUCAGCCUUUCAAUCAAGCCCUUGAGGAGUAUGAACGAUGUUCAAAAGAAAUAUACAGGCAAAAUAGGAAUGAACAGAGACUACUGAAAGAGAAGUAUAAUAUAAAGGGUGGAGUAAAGUUUGAGAUUGAUUUGGAUGAACUUGUUGCAGAGGAAGAUAGCAAACAAGAUGAAAAGGAAUUUGAUCUAUUAAAUGAUACAUUGACGUUUGAACAUGGAAAGAAAUUGGAGGCUGCCAACUGGCUCAAAGUGUGCAUGGAUCAGAGGCAAACAGCUUCCCAGCCUAAGUCAGAUAACUGCAGCUUGGAAAAUGAGUCAGUGGAAAGCAGGAAACAUUGGUCACCAAGAAAACCAGAAACACUUCUAAAUUUCUUCUGUGCUGCAGACCUCACAUCUGUACAGAAUACCAUUGCAGACUUAGAAUCAGACAUGCCAGGAAACAGGAAGCAAUGGAACUGUGUGGCACCUGGAACACUGCUAAAGGCCUUGGCAGAGGCAGACUUAGCCAAUGAUACCAUGAUGACUGCUGAAGAGGUUUGUGAUAAGACACUGAAACAGUGGUCACCGAGAAGGAAAGACAAAGAAGAAUCAGACAUAUCAUCAGAUGAUGACCUGGAUGAAGAUAGACUUGAACCGAGAUCCGAUGAUGAUGAUACGAAUUUUGAGGAGUCUGAAGAUGAGCUUAGAGAGGAGGUUAUGCAUUCAAUGCAGAAGGUAUUAACGCCAAGAGAUGAGGACCCAACAGAUUCUACUGAAACCAACACACAGCAGGUUCCUGGGGAACACAAUACUUCAGCAGAGGUCUCUGUAACAGAGGUGCAGGCCACCCCCCAGUUAUAAAUAAGUUGCUCACAAAAGAAGACUGAUACCAAUUCAGGAUUUUGCAAUAAAUCCAAAAGUGAAUUUAAAGUCAGAAAAAAGCUGACAUGGAAAAGGGAUAUUUUGUUUAUUGUAGAGACUUAUUUAAAUAUUUAUUUGACAGGUCUCUUACGAGCAGGGUGUACUGCCAACUCACCCAAUGUCUUUGAUGUCAAAGGAAUGGUAACUGUUUUUACUGCUAAUGCAAACGUAUCCAUUAUAGCUUCUAUAUUUUUCUUUCCAAUACCAAAAAUACAGCAACAAAACCUCAAUGAUUAAACAUGUAGACAUUUAAAAAACCCUAAGUGACAUUAAAGUCACGAUUGUAUAAAUACAUAAGAUAUAUCAGCAAUUAAAAACUGUUGUGCAAUAGAUCUGCUUACAAAAUAAAUGUUUUAUAAGUAUUUAUUUAAAAUUGUCAGGACUUUGCAAAAGCAGAGCAGUCUAGGGAUACACCGCUUGUAAACCCACUUGAGUAUUUUAACUGAUCUCCUUUGCAGAGGCCAGACUUAAAUGACAAAACAUUCAAAAGUCAAUUACUUUAUAGCACGUAGCAGGAUCAGUAAAGCUGAAAGGGUAAACUCAAGCCUCUCUAGAAUACACAAGAGUACUGUUUUUUUUUUUUUAAAUCAGGUAAAAUAAUGAAUGUACAAUGUAUUUUUUUACUGUGCUUACCUUAAAGGAAUAGUCUAGUCAAAAUUAGCUUUCAUGAUUUAGAGAGAGUAUGCAAUUUUAAGCAACUUUGUAAUUUAUUUCUUUGUUUUCUUGGUAUCUUUAUUUGAAUGUAAGCUUAGGAACCUGCCCAUUUUUGGUUCAUCACCUUGGUAGCUCUUGCUGAUUGGUAGCUACAUUUAGACACCAAUCAGAAAGUGCUUCUCAGGUUCUGAACCAAAAAUGGGCUGGCUCCUAAGCUUACAUUCUUGGUUUUUUUUUUAAAUAAAGAUACCAUGAGAACAAAGAAAAAUUGAUAAUAGGAGUAAAUUAGAAAGUUGCUUAAAAAUGCAUGCUCUAUCUGAAUCAUGAAAGUUUAAUUUUGACUAGACUAUUCCUUUAAAUAAACACUUUAUUUCCCCCUCCCUCCCCAAACACUACCUUAGAACAAAUUAUACUGACACCUGGUAGAAACAAAAAAAUGAUCACAAGACUAUACCUGGCUAUCCAAGAGGCUAAAAACAUCACAAAACAAAAGCUGCACAAUAGAUGGGAACAAGAUCUAGAUAUAACAUAUAAUGAAGAGGAAUGGAGACAAAUAUUUUUUUCACUAGGCAAAAGCCUAGUAGGGGCUGAUCUUAUUGAAAACUCGAUAAAAACUGCAUAUCGUUGGUACCUCACACCACUAAAAACCUCACAUUUUGACCCCCAGAGUAAUAGAUUAUGUUAUUGAGGCUGCACAGGGGUGGGUACUUACUUACACAUGUGGUGGGGAUGCCCAUUGAUACAGCCUAUAUGGGAUAAAUUAUCGCAGCUGAUUAAGAAUACACUAGAUGACUCAAUUACACUCUCAGCCGCAAAGGCCCUGCUCCACAUCCCUCUAGACUCACUAAACUCGGCCACUAAUAAGUGGAUUAAUAUAGUAUGCACAGCCACCAGAAUAUGCAUAGCUAGGAAGUGGAAGGUGGGAGCGCCGGACUGGUGCGAAGUACUUGACAAAAUUGAAAAUAUCUACAUUAUGUCUGAGUCAGCAGCAUGGUUGCAGGGUAAUUCAGAAAGCUUCCAAAAUAUUUGGAUCCAUUGGAUUCUGAGUAGACAUAGUUAGAUGAGAUUGGCUGGUACAAACAUAGGAACUCAGGGAGCCUCUGGUGGUUUAUAUAAGCCAAGAAUUACAAAAAUCCACAUAAUCACGGAAGAAGUUUAUUCAAAGAUUUCUAAAAAUAGCGGCACUGCUCGAUGAGAAAGGUUCUUAGUUAAAAGUUAGACCUAGUUAAGUAAUUUUUUGUUAGAGAGGGGGGGGGAGAGAGAUGAGAGUUGGGGGAAAAAUGAUAAUUAUUGGAAAAACAGAGAAUUGUACAGUGUGUAGAAUAUAUCCAUAUACCUAAAUGUAUAGGAAUGUUUAUUAUUGUACGGAUACAUACUGAAAUGCUACGAUGUACUUGUUGUGAAACAUUAAUAAAAAAUAUUUCAACUAAAUAAA